AUGUCCGAAACAUUCGAAAUCCCCGAGACCCAGUGGGCGCAAGUCGUCGAACAGCGAGGCGGACCACCCGUGUACAAGCAAAUCCCCGUCCCCAAGCCGGGCCCCGAUGAAGUCCUCGUCAAGAUGAAGUACACCGGUGUCUGCCACACCGAUCUCCACGCCAUGAACGGCGACUGGCCCCUCACCGUGAAGGAGAACCUGGUCGGCGGCCACGAAGGCGCCGGAGUUGUUGUCGCAAAGGGCUCUCUCGUGCAGGGUAUCGAAAUCGGCGAUCACGCAGGCAUCAAAUGGCUCAACGGAUCCUGUCUCUCGUGCGAGUUCUGCGAGACCUCCGACGAGCCCCUGUGUCCCGAUGCCCGUCUGUCCGGAUACACGGUUGACGGCACCUUCCAGCAGUACGCGAUUGGUAAGGCGGCGCACGUGUCGAAACUGUCCAAGGACAUCCCACUUGAUGCUAUUGCGCCCAUUCUGUGUGCUGGUAUCACUGUCUACAAGGGUCUCAAGGAGUCCGGUGCGCGCCCUGGUCAGACGGUUGCGAUUGUUGGUGCUGGUGGUGGUCUUGGAUCGCUUGGACAGCAGUAUGCUAAGGCUAUGGGCCUGCGCGUUAUCGCUAUUGACGGCGGCGAAGAAAAGAGGGCUAUGUGUGAGCAGCUUGGUGCAGAGACCUAUAUCGACUUCACCAAGUCUACCGACCUCGUUGCAGAUGUCAGGGCUGCUACCCCCGGUGGCCUGGGUGCCCACGCCGUGCUCUUGCUUGCUGUCUCUGAGAAGCCUUUCCAGCAGGCUGUCGAAUACGCUCGCUCUCGCGGUACUAUUGUGGCCAUUGGCCUGCCCGCCAAUGCGUUCCUCAAGGCCCCUGUUUUCGAAACCGUUGUCAAGAUGAUCACCAUUAAGGGCAGCUACGUCGGUAACCGCCAGGACGGCGAGGAGGCCGUCGAAUUCUUCGCGCGUGGUUUGAUCAACGCUCCUUUCAAGACUGUUCCUCUCAAGGAGCUGCCGGAGGUGUUUGAGCUCAUGAAGCAAGGAAAGAUCGUUGGCCGCUACGUUCUCGAGAUUCCUGAAUAG